AUGGCUGCUCCACACGCUCCCGACCAACCGUCGCUCCUCUGGCGAACGGGUUCUUCGUUCAUCACAGGUGCCACAGGUUUCCUCUGCCGUACCUUCCUCGUUGGCUUGAACAGGCUCGAGGUAAAGGGCUACGACAAGUUUCUGCGCCUCCUCGAUGAGCGCGCGGACGUGAAUGGCAGGACCAAGGGCCUGAUCACCGGUAUGUACUCUUCCAUCUGCUUUGCGACGGGCUCUAUACUGACUGCUGCCANNGUUUCAAACCAUACUAGCGUCUCACAGUNNAUGGAUGACCCUAUCCUAUGGGGCGUCCUGCCAUACAGCUACCAUUGGAACCCGAACAAUGUUCGUUGGAGUCUUGCCAGCCACGACCUGGCCUUCCAGAACAAGUUCACCUCGUUGUUCUUCAGUCUCGGCAACACUCUUCCAUGCCACCGACUGGCACACUCUCCUCACGGCGGUCUAUUCCAGCCCACCAUGACCCAAGCCGUUCGUCUCCUCUCCCAUGGUCCGUUCAACGCUCCUACCGCUACUCCCGCAUCCAAGUCAUUGAAGAGCCCCGAUAUUACCGAUCCCUUCUCUGGCGCACACCUGACGUACAGCACUGAUGGUCACGACACUUUCCCUGCCCCUUCGGCUUAUGCCUCGAGGAGACACGCCUGGGUCCACAUCUUCCCUGAAGGCAGGGUUCACCAGAAAGAGGACAAGACUAUGCGCUAUUUCAAGUGGGGUGUCUCACGCUUGAUCCUGGAAGCAGAACCUGCACCAGACCUCGUGCCCUUGUUUAUUGAAGGCUUUGAUUCAAUCAUGCACGAGAGUCGCGGAUUCCCACGACCCAUCCCACGAGGAGGAAAAGACGUCUGCGUCACAUUUGGUGACAAGAUCGACACAGGAGACGCGUUCCGCGACCUGAGGGACAGAUGGGCAACCUUGAAACAACAGGCAAUACAACGAGGAGCAGAGAGCAACGAGCUUGGUGUCAUUCGCGAUGAGCAGUUGAUGCAUGGAGCUGAAGCUGUGCGUUUGCGCGAGGAGUGUACGAUGCGCGUCAGAGACGCAGUGCUAGCUGUGCGCAGAAGCAGGGGCUGGCCUGAUGAAGAUCCCAAAUGCGGUUUGAUCGAGACAUGGGCCAUGGAGGGUACUGGCGAAGGCAAGAUGGCUGACGGAUCUUACACGAGGGACACGUAG